AUGGCGUCCUUCCCGAAUCGGGCGCGCUGGCUCGUCCUCGCCGCCGCCAUUGCCGCUGGGCGGGCGACCGCCGCCUGCACGGGCAUGCUCAACCAAGUGGGCGCCACGUGGUGCGUCGCAUGCGAGCCAGCCCACUGCGUGCCCAUGCGCCACACGAUGGAUGUCAUUGUGACGCCGGCGCCAACGCCACUGGUCACGUCCUCGAAUGCGUCCACGUCCAUUACGGCCAGCGUCACGAGCUUUGGUGCGUUCAAGGACGUCGACCCGGCGAACGAUGUCAAGAACCUCAAAAUCAGCGCGUCGGCGUCCGGCCUCUCAACCUUUGGCUUGGAGAGCAUCGCCAACGUAAAAGGCCUCGUCUCGCUAACGCUCGAGUCGCUCACCUUAGGGCCCGGGACGGUGGCCGAUGCGCUCCCGCUCACCACCCUGUACGACAGCAAGAGGCGCGCCGGUUUAAUGUGCGUGGACUAG